CACCCUGGUCAGAUUUACAAACUGCAGUAUGCGUUAGCCAUUCAAUGCUCAAUCGAGGCUCGUUUUUUAGGUAUCUUGGAUGUUGACGUGCAGAGACCUGUCCGGGAUAAAUCUAAGAGGAACCAGGCAAAGCGGAACAAUCUGGGACAGCUGAAUGGAUGUUAGAACUGGAGCAUUAUCUGCAACUGAAUAACGUUUGUCUAUGCAUCCUACCAUUUUUCCUGCAAUGGCACAUUAAGCUUUGUUGACUCUUCAUUGAGUGGACCAGAUAUAUAGAAAAUGGAAGACAGCAUGAAGUCCCUUAAGAACUAUAUAAUUCCUAAAAUUAAAACAGCUGUUGAGAAAGGAUAUCUUGCUCGUGAUAUGACCAAUAAGAGAGAAUAUAAUGCUAUUCUUAAUAUUCUGAAUGAAGCAAGACUAGACAUAUGCUGUGAUCUAAAGUCCUCGUGGAAGCUGGAAGAUCCAAAACUGAUCUGUAAUUACAAUUUGGAAAAUAAAUUUAUUGAAAAAAGGUCUGAGAUGCGAGAACUUGGAAAAAAAGAUUUCAAAGAACAGUUUUGCUUUCUAGUGGUACCUAAGGCUGCAGUUGUAGACAUAUGCCAGCAUGGCCUAAGUGUUAAAAGUUCAACCAUCACAAUUUUAGGGAAUCCCCAAUUAGGAGUAUAUGUCUUCAGGCACAUUGAUGUUGCAUUGAAUUAUGCAAAGUUGAGGAACAGUAAAUCAAACACCAUUAUUGUUUUUAAGACACUCUUUGGCAGAAUUAAGAAAGUACAGACAGUUUUGAAUUCUAAGAAAACUCCUCUGGAUCCUGCACCAAACUAUGAUAGCCAUAUGUCAAAAAAGUCACCAUCUUGCACUGAUUCCUUUGAGAAGCAAACAGCAAAUUCAUUAGUGUAUUUGUAUGAGUACGACCUAAAUUUCAAGCCUGCUGUCAAUCCAAGACAUUGCCUUCCAUAUGCUUCAGUGUUUGUCACAUUUAUUGAACAUGAAACAGAAACAGGCCCAAUACUGCCAAGUGUAAAGCUUAAACCAAAAUUGGUUACUUCUGGCAGUGCUAACUUAACAAACUGCACAGUAGCAAAACGAAUUGGUAAAGGCAAAGAUGCAAAAAUUGUUUUUAAAAAUUUUCCUACAGUAGUGCCAAAGCCACCUCCAUUAUGUCACUAUGCACAACAAAAUGAGUUCCUCCUUUCUUGUACUGCCAUAAACCUUCUGAUGGAAAAUCUUCUAGGCACUGCUUCGUUCGAUAAGCAAGCCGUGGACACUAUGCCAUUGCCUCACCAGUUUGAUAAAAAAGAGAAAGCUGGAGAAAGAACAGAUGACAUGGAUGGUUUGAUUCCUUUAAGCAUGUUGAUUACAUCUAAAUCCAUAAAAGAUCCCAGAAAAAGAAGAGAGGAACAGGAAUUAAAACCUUGUGAUCAGAAAAUACAUGAAUGGAAUUCUCAGAAUUGUGAGGAAAACAUCAACAAGUCAUUUUCCCUGAGUUUUGAAGAAGCUCGAUUUUAUGACAAUUUAAUGUCAAAGGUUGAAGUAAAUAAACGUUCAUUGAAUGAGUGUGAAAAGGACAAUAAUAUGGUGGUGAAACAAGAUGAGACAGUAGGUUAUUCUCAAAACCUAUCUGAGAAAGAGGUAGUUGAGAAAAAGGGAAAGCAGCAAAAUUCAAGUACACUCUCUGAACAUUCCUUUGCUACACAAGAUAUGUCUCAUGUAUCUAAGACUCUAUCUGUCCCUAAAAAAGUUUGUGAAAAUGUUGUAAAAGAAAGUGAUCGCAUUUUAAAGAAACACAAAAAAGAAAGAAGAUUCAGUCUUGGGUCUACAAAAUCAGAGUUGACAAAAGAAGCCUGCAUUUCCAAAGAAAACAAGAAAUUUGCAGAUGUGGUGCAAUCUAGUGGAUGUAACUCUCUCGAAAUAAGUCAUAAACAUAAACCAGUGCUAAAAAAGACAUCAAUUUCUAAUGUUAAAAAAGAGAAAACAAUCAAUAGUAAAACUAUUGCUGACUUUUCAAAGUGUGGUACAAAUCUAGAAGAGAAGUUAUUGCCUUCAAGUUCAACAAAAUUAAAUCACACAAUAAAAGUUGAAAACAUGGAACAGACUGGAAAGUACGUCUCUAAAAAGUCACAGAGGAAUCACAAAAUAAAAGGUAAUAAGGUCCAUGGUCAAAAAAGUGAUGAGAAUUCAAAACAAACUGCUGCUUCUUUGCCUAAAAAUGCCACCUUACCAGUUAAUAAGAUGGAUGUUGGCACUGAAAAAAGGUUUGGAAAAGGUACAGAUAAAAUGGAAGAACAUUCAUCACUUAUGAAAAUACAAAUCAAUUCUUUCUUGCAUUUAAAUGAUAUAGAUCAUAGUAUUAACAAAACGAAAAAAACAGCUGAAAAUGAAACCUUGGAAAAGUUUUUUGCAAAUGCAGAAGAACAACAACAUUGGUCAAGAGAAAAUCUAGUUGACAAGCAGGAACAUCAAUGCAGUAAAACAAUCAUUCAUGGUAUAACAUUUGCAAAGGAAGAAAUACCGAUCCCUCCAGAGAAAAAAAUAUCACAGAUAUCAUGUGGAACAUCUAAUGAUAAUCUUGAGAUAAGAGAUUUCACAAAUGAUCAUUUUGAAAACAUGGCAUUUCAAAAUGAAACUGUUUGCCCUCAAGAACCUCUUACUGUAAAUGUGAGUUAUCUUAAAAAAAGAUGUGAAAAGAUGGUGACAGGGACAACUCCAGAAGAUACACAAAGUAAAACAACAGAUUAUUGUGUAGAAAAUAUGUCUUCUGUGAACUUAAAUGAACUAUCACUGGACCAUCAAAUUUCUUACAUAUGUUUACCUGAAAGAAUUGUAAAUCAGCACUGUGUUACCAGUGAGGUUUCUUUGUUUAAUGAUGGUAAUGUUGGCAUACCUCUGGAAAAUAGCAUUUUAGGUAUGUCUAAAAACCUGACACAUUUGUGUUUGCAGAGCUAUGAAACAGAAACCGGGCGUGAUGAUUUAUUUAUUGAAGAUAUGGAAAUUGGCAGUGAGAUUGAAAUUCCAUCUUUUGAAACUGUAAAUGAACCAAAAGCUCAAAUGCCAGUUAAUUUAAACAUAUCCUUAAACACAUUGCUUGAUGAUUUUGAUUGUAGCCACUUGGUAAACCGCAUAGACUGGGAUAGUCCCUUUGGAUUGGACAGUUCCACUACAUUAAUGGGAGAGGUCGUAGUGCCACAAUUUAACAAAUCACCCCUCCAACAUCGUGAGAGUGAAAGGAAAAUCUACCCUGAUUUACAAAUAACAAUAAAAAAACUUAGUAAGCUGCAAGAUAACCCCACCCCUGCUUGUGGUGAUACAGAAGUACAAUAUAAAGGCCCAAAUGAUGAUGUCCUUUCACCACUUGAGGCUAUUAAGAACAAAGUUUUGGUGGAUAGCAUUGAAAGCAAAUGUAAAGAAAAUGCUGCACCUUUGAUAAAUAUACAGUCACCUCUUGAAAAUGUCAAUAUAAAUGUAUCCGGUGAACAGCGGGACUAUUAUUCUGAUAUGCACAUUUCCUCUUGUACAUCAAAUAACAUACAGGUUACUCGGAAAGCAGAAGAUUUCAAAAGUCACAUAGGGGCAACUAAUGGCCAGAGCGAAACAAAUGUAGGAGACAAAAUGAAAGGCUUUACACGGCAGAAAACCAGGACUCCUGACAAAUGUUCAACUGUUUCAUUAGACUUAUGUGCAAUUUUAGAAAAAGCAGAUGAAACAUCUUGUGUAAAUGUAUUGCAGGAAUAUAAAUUAAUUUGUGAGAAAAAGCUUCCCAGAUUUAUUAAAGCUUUUGAAGAUAAGCAGCUUUGCCCAGUCAAAGAAGUUAUGCUUGACCGGAAUUUUUUGGUUGAAAGAAAACGCAAAGCAGCCUUGAAGCAUGCCUUAAAACCACAGGCUAUAGAGUCAUUUAUUGAAUUGCAAAUAAUAAUGGAAAUAAAGCAAUUUAUAGAAAAUCGAAUAUACAGUCUUAAAGGCGAGCCCACAUUCAGAAGUCUUCUGUAUUAUGACAGCUCUCUCUACCUUGAGUUACUUGAUGGAGACAGGGGAUAUCAAACACAGUCCAAUUUUUAUGUUGGAUUUCAACAGAAGCUGAAAUGUAGUGCUCUUGUUACACUGCAAAGCCAUUAUGCUCAACUUUGUGAUAUUUUCGAGAAAAUUAAUGAAAAGCACAGAUCAUAUUAUGUCUUCCUUAAAUACCGAAGAGAAGUUGAGGAAUGUGAAGCUGUUUUAAAGAACUCCGAUGAUCAUUUGGAUUUUUGUCUCUCAGUCCCAUUAUCUUGUGGAGUUCAUAUUGGGGACACAUUAGAGGAGUUAAAAAUCUUGCAGAGAAGAACUUUAGAGGUUAUUGAGGCCUAUUAUAAUCUUCCAAUGUGUGAUUCUGGAAAACAGGAACAUGCACUGUGCCUUUUAGAAUUAAUCUGUGCAAAGAUUGAUUAUAUUCAGACCUCUGAGUCUUUGAACACUGAACUGUCUGUUUUUGGCAUUGAACACUUAUUGUUUGAUGCAGCCAAAUGCACUAUUUUGAAGGAAAAAGCAAGAUCUGUUAAACAGGAAAAAAAGGAGUCUAUCAACAAACUGAACCAUUUUGCCUUGUUAAAAUUAUAUGAAGUCUAUGGUACAUGUGAUGUAGAAACCACAGUCAUAAAAACUUCAGAUAAUACACAGAAAAAACACAGAGGGUCAAACAUCAAUCCAGAAUUUAACAGUCAAGAAGAUGUAUAUUAUGUUGGAAAAAUCAUAGACCAAGCACAGUGUGCAGACUCUGUAUCAGUGAACCAAAUGAUCACUGGCUGUAAGAAGCACUUAGAAACUCUAAAAAAAUAUUUUCAGAUAAUGCAAGAAUGUGAUGCAGAUGAAGUCAUAGUCACAGAAAAUAAUGUUUUGGAUGCAGCUAAAAAACAUAAUCAGCCUGCAAUUCUCCUGAAGCCAGAGGCAAUAGAAAGCUACAUUGAUAUCCUUAUGGCUUCUGAAACUUUACAUUUCCUAAAGUGUUUGAAGGCUUCCAAAAAGAACAAAAAGCGAUUCAGGGGGCUGCUGUGGUUUGACAAAUCUCUCCUUCCUGAAUUAAUUCAGUGCCAAAACAGAAUUGCAUUGUACCUUAAAGGAGACUUGAAUUCUGAUGUCCUAGAAAUCAUAAAUAGUAAUAUAUAUGAGAUCAAGACAGAGCUAGAAAUAAUAUGCGAUUAUGCACAUUCUGUCAAUUAUACCUAUGCCCUUCAGAUAAUGACACGGGAACUUUCAGAGCUUUCAGAACUUAAAACAUUUGUUUCAAAAUCCAGGUUUGCAGUGCAUUCAUAUGUCCACCUCUCCCCACAUAUUGCCUCUCUAAACUAUGGAAGUACUUUGGUUGAUCUUGAUUAUAACUAUAACCAGUUUUCUGAUCUGCUCAGCCUGUUAAUGUCCUGUCCAAAGAAAGACUUGGGAAAAAUUGCCCAAACAAUGAAAAUCAUGAAAACUAUUGAACUCAUGAAACAAGCCACUUCUAGGUCAGAAACUUCAGGAUUUGAUAUCUCGGUCUGCCAGAUAAUGGAAAACAAAAGGAAGCGUGACCAGCUACAGGGUAAAGGUGAUCAAGAUUAUGGGAUACUGAACACAAAGAAAAGACCAUCAUUGAAUCAGAAUGAACAGACAUAUUCUAUAAGCCCCAAAAAGCGAAAGGUAAUUAAUUCCCCUCCACAAGAUGCCAAAGGAGAGCAAGAAAUAAUCAAACAGAAAUGCAGCUCAAGGAUUAAAAACAAAGAUUAUGGUAAUGCAGCUGACAAACGGUGCAAACAUUUUGAAAGAACUCCAAAGGACGUAACAGUUGUAGAUAAAGAUCAGUCUUCAUCUGUUAUUGAACAUACAUUUCAUAGAAAUGAUGGAUUGUCUCCAGUCAAGGCAAUAGAUCAUGCAAAUGAUAAAGUAGUUAAAACAAAAUUUUCCACUGAUGGUUCAGUACAGGAAUCACUAAAUGAUUCCCAUUUCAAUAUCCACCCAAAAAGUCAACUUCAGGUACCAGAUAAAAAUGUAAAUGUUAUGUCAGAAUACCAGUCUCCCUCUGAGCAAAGUAAGAAAAACAUAGAUGCAGUAUCUCAAAUGGCUGGAGGUCAAGCUGAACAGAAAUCUAUUCUCAAAAAGCUAUCUUUUUCAUACAAGCAAAAGAAGAGCUAUAAUGUUCACUUUGCUGACAAAUACACAUUAGAUACAAGUCCUUUGGAUGAACAAACAAAUGAAACAGCAACUUCCAUUACUGAAGCAAAAGACAAAGACGUGAAGAACGAACCGUUGGUAUGGCCUUUCCAAUUGUAGUGAUUCGAACAACAGUCAUUCUCAGAGUUUUGCACAGAUGACUGGUACAUAUUCCCAGCCAUCCAACUGCCUCUACCCUUGGCAAUAUUAUUUACAUUACUGGUAUCUAAAUAGCAGUAACACAAAUGUAGUGACCCAGCCUUACCAAGGAAUGCCUUACAAUACACAGCAGUUCAUGCCAUAUAGUGGGACAUCCUCAUUCAUAAACCAAAAUCCUUAUUCUGGGAACCAGCCUUACCCAAACUUUAACAGCCAGUUUCAGUCUCAGAGGUUUCAGACAACAGAUGCUCUUAAAGCCGCUAUGAAUUACAGUUAACCUGCUCUACACCCUGCAUCACACCAAGAUUCCGUGCAGGCUAGGUAUACUUAUGAUGCUACACCAACAGGAACAUGGUCAUGGGGUUCCCGGUAGUAAGAUUUCCCAUCCUUCAUCUUGCUGGAAAAGGACAAUUCAAUGCAACAUUCUUCUUAUUACUAAAAUAACAAGAUUGUACUUAAUAUAGUGAAUGCUAAAACAAAUUUAUGUGUAAUGUGUACUGUUGAUGAAGUUAGACAUAGCUUAUUCUGCCCAGUAGCUUUAAGAUUGUGUGUUAUUGUGGUAGUGGCAGCAGUACAGAUAAAAAUUAACACAGCCUCACUAGUCUUUUUGUUUUCCAGUUACACUUCCAGAAAAGUCUGUCUGUGCAGUUUGUAAUAUUUUAACAUUUACUUAAUUUCUGACAAAAAAACAAGGAAGUACUUCAGCUGGAAUUAUAUAUUACAAUUAUAACGACCCACAUUUUAAUGCCAAAAUACUUUGUUUUAGCUGACAAUGGAAGCUGGAAUUGUUUUUAUUGUUUAAAUAAAGCCAUAUUUUUUCAUUCAUUUAGGCUAUUGUAAAUGCAGAUGAUGACAAGUAGACCAAAGCAAAUGUUUAAGUGGGGCCCUGCCCUAAGCAUUAAGUCUGCCUUGGGCAACACAUUUUCCAAAUAUGUCUAUGGAAAGCCCUUCGUCAUACUCAUAAUAUACUCAUAGCAGCUGUUGAACUAGAAUCCUGGGAGCCAGAUGCACCCAUAUAUUUCAUUGUUAUUAUUAUUUUUUGCCCCCUCGAAUACCAAGCCUCAAUGGCCAUACUGAUACAUACACUCAAUAGCCAUACUGAUCAUUCUACACAAGAAGGCAUCACUUUAAACAUCUUUACCUUAAUUACUACUUAAAAUUGAUUCAUAAAUUAGCCCAACCUUUGCUUAUAAAAUUCAGUACAUUUUCCAGUAUUACCAUCUUUAUUUAAAAUGGAACUUGAAAUGCACAUUUCAUUUUUAUCUUUUAAAAAUCAUUAACUUUGUUUUAGGUAGUAUUUGUAGUUAUGUGUAUAAAGUGUGAGGAUUGAAGGUUAUUACUGUAAUAUAUUACUGCAUAUUUGCCUUUGUAUACACUUGUAGGUGUGGAAUACUUGAAGCACAGCACCAGUCUGUGUUUAAAAUAAAAAGCCUUUAUUCGAUACACAUGGCAACAAUCUGGAUACAGCAACGUUUCAGGCCUUGUUUGGCCUUUUGGUUUCAAGCUUACACUUGUGGGUGGUCUACCUCAGGAGAGGUUCUUUCCACAUCGUUUUCGUAAGCUUUUAUUGAUGAUGCAAUCCUCUAUUCCCAACUUCCUGUAUAAAAAAAAAAAUAAUUGAAUUGCAGUGUUUUCUUAAACAUGAGCAAACUAACUGUAAAAGAGACUGUACAGGGACAGUGCCUCCAUCUAUCUGGGUUAAAUGGAGGCACUGGCUUGGUUCUGACUCCCAUUAGGAGAAUGUCCCCUUUAUUAUGCGGUGCUGUCAAAUCAUCUUCUGUCUCAGGCAGCUUUUAGGAUGCGUGAUAUCUAACCAUCUAUACAUUUAAACACCUCAGUGAUACUAUUUCACUUUUCAGUUUAAUAUUUAUUUAGAAUUGCACAUUAUUUAAAUAUCUGCACAUUAAUAUAUUUUUGACAUGUUUGAGUAUUUUUUUUAUAGCACAGUCACAACUGCUCCAGACCUUUUUAUUGGUAUAUCACUGAUUAGCACUAGGUGGUGGUUGUAGCAUGACACUGGGUGAAGUGUGUGACAAUAUAUUAAAUACAAUAGUGCACUAGAAUUUUCUCUUUAUAGAUGUCUGCAAAAUAGGAACCAUAGUUUAUCAAAAGCAGAUAAUGUUAAAGCUCCUGUACUGAAUAAAUCAGAGUUCAGAGAGUGAAGAAUGAUGUGCACCUAAAAUGUUAAGAUGGAGGCAUCUUCAGGGACAGUGCUUCCAUUUAUCUGUGUUAAAUGGAGGCACUGGCUUGGUUCAGACUCCCAUUUGAGAAUGCCCCCUUGUGGUGCUGUCAAAGAGAUAUCAUUUUCUGUCUCAGGCAGCUUUUAGGAUGUGGGAUAUCUAACCAUAACAUAGUUUGUAGUUCUAGGAGAAGAGAUCAUUAACUUUCCCCUGUGUCAAUGAGAGCACUUCCCGGCAAUGUCUGUGAGAGGUCAUCCUACCAUUGCAUUUAGUAAGUCACUUAUUAUUUAUAUGCUUUUAAGCAUGAAAAAUACCACAUCACAUUUCUCUAUACACUUAAACACCUCUGUGAUACAAUUGCACUUCUCUGUUUAAUAUUUAUUUAUAUAUCUGCACAUUAAUAUAAAGAUAUUUCUUUGAGUCAUUUUUUUGUAGUACAUUCACAAGGGGACUCACUGCUCCAGUCCUCUCCAUUGGUAUAUCAUUGAUUAGCACUAGGUGGUGGUUGUAGCAUGACACUGGGUGAAGUAUGUGGCAAUAUAUUAAAUACAAUAGUGCACUAGAAUUUCCUCUCUAUAGAUGUCUGCAAAAUGUGAAUCAUAGUUUAUCAAAAAAAGAUAUACGGUAGUCACUUUCCCUGCAUCUGUCACUCAUUUAUAAGUAAAGGAAAAUAAUAAUCCUUCUGUGGACCAUGAUGACACUUUUUUUACUACUAAUUUGCUCAUCUUGAAUCAGUGUGCACAGGGCUCCUCAGUUCAAUAACUGGAUGAUGCAAGCAAAAUA